AUGGUGGUGUCGGGGUUUACCCUGAACGACGCGAUAUUAUUGUUUGCAUUUCUCUAUUCUUCUUCUGAUGUCUUCGUUGAAUGGGAUGCCUUUGCUGCAUGCGCUCAGCCGGUGCAUUACUGGUUGUUGGGGUCAUACGGGGCCCUCAUCGCCUUCCGACUUUCUCACUACUUAGGACAGUACUUAUCUGAGGAUGGAGAGGACUUUAUGCUGUAUAGACAGCGGGGGCCUCCCUUCUGGGUGAAUGUUCUCAUUCUCGGCAUUUUAUUUCCUUGCUUCUUCGGAUGGACUGUCGUGGGUACCUUUUGGUUCCUGGAAGUGCAGGAGGAGACGCCUUUCUGUGUAAGAAAAAAGCAAUAA